UAUAUGCGGCAAUGUCUAUUCUGCUUUCCGCUUUUGUUCUGCCUCUAGCGCUAGCACAGUUCCCAGGAGCCGGAUUGGGAGGUAUUGGCAGAUUCCCGGGAAGUGGUGGAUUUAUCGGCGAGCGAAGUUACUAUGUGAGAGGACGCCUCGUCUGCGGCAUUCAAGGAGCACAAGGAGCUAGAGUCUCUUUGUGGGAAAAUAGAGGUCAAGGAUCCCCAAUCAUUUACGAGGAAGCGAUAGUCGAUGCUGGCGGAAGCUUCUAUGUGAAAGCUGAGAUUCGCAACGGUAUAGGAUUUUCUGGUGCGAGUUCAAGCGGUUAUCUUAUCUUAACCAUUACCCAUAGCUGUCAGGGCCAGCGACAGAUGAGCAUCGAAUUGCCAGAAACAUACUUCAAUCAAGGCAUAGUACCCAUUAAGACUUACGACUUGGGAACGAUCAAUCUUGAGGGCAGAUUUUUGGGUGAAGAAAACAACGGCUUCGGAGGAAACACCCGAUUGGGCCGAGGUGGCAGCCACGAUUUUGGGAGAAGAUUUAACCCUGGUGGAUUUGGCAGUAGUCCAAUACACCUCUAGAACGCUUUAAAAUCUGUUAUUGUUGUAAUGCAUAUUUUAUGUUUAUUACUAAUACUGAAUAAAAAUUAACAGCACU